AGGAGGAGGAAGAGGAGAAGAAAGGGGAUGUUAGAAAGAAAGAAAGCAGCUCAUGGAGAGGAAGUGUUCAGAUUCACAAGGAUCCUCAGCCUUCAAGCAAACCAGAGAAACAAAAGUCGAGAGGCUUCAGGAACACUCUGAAGAACCUGCGAGACCGACUAAGGACGGACCACAAGUCUUUGACCACAGCGCGGAGUGAUCCUGUAAACCAGAGGAGACAUUUGGAGCACAGCGAUCUGCAGGGCUUCACUAUCAAGGAGCUGAAUGCUCUCUGUGCGUCUCUCAGCCAGGCUAUACAAGAUCUGAGCUCAGAGCUGGUGGGUCGCCUCCAGGUCCGAGACCAGCUGAGGACGGAGCAGGACGCCAUGCUGCUGGAGGUACAGGAUCUAACGUCACUGUGACAUCACGUCCACAUGUGAGCAGCUGGGAGGAGUGGUUAUGAGACUUAAACAUUAUUAGGGUAACGCCACAAAGUUCUCCACGACAUCUGAGACAUUCCCUGCUGCUGUUGGCCGGACUG